GGGGGGACCCUCCGGCCCGCAUCUUCGCCAUCGGCCGCUGUUCCCGCUCCCAAGCGAAGCAGGAGCCUGAGGCCUGAGCUUAGCGCUCGUCCAGGUCUGGUAACUCGGCCCCGGGGACACGGGCGGGGAGCCUCGCGGGGCAGGAGAAGCCUCCAACGGUGUGUUUUGAAGGGUGCCUUCUUAGCUGCUCAAGGUCAGGAUGAAUACACAAGUUGUAUCCCUGGAUUUUCAAGCCCCUGAAGUUUUGGAAGAGCUCAUGAUGGUGAAAGUUGAGACAGAAAGUCAGCUUCAAAAGCAGCAAUCCAGACCGAAGCACAGUAAUCCUCUAGCAAGGGAAAUUUUCCGAAGGCACUUUCGGCAGCUCUGCUACCAAGAGACCCCAGGACCAAGGGAGGCUCUUACUCGACUGCAGCAUCUUUGCUACCAGUGGCUGAGGCCACACGUGAGCACAAAGGAGCAGAUCCUAGAGCUACUGGUGCUGGAGCAGUUCCUGGCCAUCCUACCCAAGGAGCUGCAGGGCUGGGUGAGGGAGCACUGUCCAGAGAGUGGGGAGGAAGCUGUGAUUUUGCUGGAGGAGCUGGAGAGAGAACUUGAUGAACCACAACAUGAGAUGGUAACUCACAUACACAGACAGGACCUCUCCAGAGAGAAAGUGCCUCUAGGAGAGCAGUCAUCACUGAGCCUUCAAUGCCAGCCUGCGGAGCCCCAGCUCACGUGUGACCCUGCCCAGGAGUCCCAUCCUAGUGGAGACACAGAUAAAGUGACCGAGAUUAAAAACAGGGAGUUGCUGCUAGAGAAAGACUGUCCACAGGUGGUCGAACAACAUGGGAAAGUAUUUCAUGAUCAGACCUGGGAGGUAUCACAGCGGGACCCUGGACAUGAAGUUGGAGAGUGUAAGGACAGGGCCGAGAGGCAGUGGAGAAGCCGCUCAGCAGAUAGGCAGCACCGAUGUGGGGAAUGUGGGAAGAGCUUUGCUCAGAGCUCAGGGCUCACUCGACACCAGAGAACUCACACUGGAGAAAGACCCUACGAAUGUAAUGAGUGUGGGAAAGCCUUCAGUCGCAGUUCUGGGCUCUUUAAUCACCAAGGAAUCCACAAUAUACAGAAGCGGUACCACUGUAAAGAGUGUGGAAAGGCCUUCAGCCAGAGCGCAGGUCUGAUCCAGCAUCAGAGAAUCCACAAAGGGGAAAAGCCCUAUCGGUGCAGCCAGUGUGAUAAAAGCUACAGUCGCCGUUCAUUUCUCAUUGAGCAUCAGAGAAGCCACACAGGAGAGCGACCUCACCAGUGCCUAGAAUGUGGGAAAAGCUUUAAUCGCCACUGCAACCUCAUCCGACAUCAGAAGAUCCACAUGGUGGCUGACCCGAGCCAGGCAUUUGCCGUGGAUGAGUUUUCCAAGUCUCUGGCCAAGUUCUAGCGGUAGGGUAAGACCAGGAAAUGCCUUUUUCUUCCUGUCUCCACUAAACAUGUUCGAACAGGUACUGCCAGGGCCCAGGAACUUCCAGCAAAGGGAUUUGGUAUUUUUGAAGGUGCUGCUUUUCCUUUGUUUGCCACUUUCCUGUUCUCAUGACUCUUGUCCUCUUAUUCUCAACUGUUGAUCCUUAUUAAUAGUAAGAAACGACACUGAUAAAGUCAGUGUCCUUAAAAAACCUGGUCUCUGUGUUUAAUUUCUAAAGACAGGGUUCCACUGGUGCUUUAUAACUGGUCUUUGGUGUUCUCAUGACCACUGCUUGCAUCAGGGACACCUUUGGACACUACUGUUUCUCUUGGACACCUGCAAGAUUCUCUUGUAAUAGUGACCAAUGCUGCUGUGUACCUCACUACAGAGUAUGUCUUGUCCUCACUGCAACCACGCAGGUAAACAAGUGCUGUCACUGUCACACAUUACAGACAAGUAACCUAAACCCCAGAGAAUCCAAGCGUCAGGGCCAAAGCUUGAAACUUAAGAUUUUCAGUAGCCUUUAUAUUUUGAAAUAAUUUUAGACUUAUAAAAAAGAUGCAAAGAUAAGAGUUCUUGUACACCCUUCACCCAGUUUCUAAUGUUCUUGUCUCAUAUGUCUUUUUAAACAUUUGGCUUUUGACCCCAAUCUCUUUUAAGGUGUCAGGCCUCAUACUGGUAUAAAUCAUCUUCCUCAUUUAAGUUUAAUCACCUGAAAAUCUCUUAGUGUUUUUAUAUCACACCUUUAGUGUUACGUAAAAUCAGCAGUAUCCCAAAUAAUAGAAUAUCCAAGAAUUGAAUCACUGUUUCAGAUUAUUAUGCCAUAUAAGCUGCUGUUAGAAAUCUAAAUCUUGGGGCUGGAGAUUUAGCUCAGUGGCGUAAGUACCUGCCUUGUAAGCAGGCUGUCAUGAGUUCGAUCCCCAGUACCGAUAAAAAUGAAAAAGACAAAAAAAAAAAAAAAAAAGAAAUCUAAAUCUUAGGGCUGGGGAUUUAGCUCAGCAGCAUAAGCACCUGCCUUGCAAGCAGGCAGUCGGUCAUGAGUUUGAUCCCUGGUACCAAUAAAAAAAAAAGAAAAGAAAUCUAAAUCUUUCUCUUUUUUCCUUGGUUUAGGUCUGGAGAAAAACAUUUCCUCUCUGAUCUUUAAGAAAAUCAAAGAAGUGUUCUGUAGCCUUAGUCUUCUCAAACCUCUCAAAAGAGGCUCUUCUCCCUAUAUAUGGGAAGAAGGAAUCUCAUCUCCUUAAGACUCAAAUAACACUUGGGGCGUGAGGUUCCCACAGACUGUCUUUUGGGAGGAGGCAUCUCACUAUGUAGAUCAGGCUCCCUUGAGCUCACUAGGUAGCCCAGGCUGGCCUCAAAAUUUGCAGUGACCCUUCUGCCUCAGCCUCCUAAGUGCUGGGAUACAGGCAUGUGCCACCAUGCCCAGCCCAUGGGCUCUCUUUGCCUCCUGUACCUUAAUCCCUUUUAUGAUUUCUCUACCAAAGCUGUAGUCCCAUCUUUUUUCUUUAUUUGACUAUUUGGAAGGUUUCCAAGAGAUGGGAGUGAAAAGGCAUGGAACAUCUCUGUGCAUAUCACUUGAUUUUGCACUGUUUUCCGUAACUCCUGAGUGUAUUGCACUGAGAACUCAACUCUUUUGGAACUGGGGAUUAUGUGUUUUGGAUUUUUUUUUUUUUUUUUUAAUCGGUACUGGGGAUUGAACUCACGACCGCCUGCUUGCAAGGCAGGUGCUUAUGCCGCUGAGCUAAACCCCCAGCCCCUGUUUUAAAUCUUUUAUUGAAAAUGUAGACAAAAGUAGAAUAGCAUAGUAAACCCCCAUGUACUCCUCACUCAGCUUGAACAGUUACUAAUUUAUGGCCCAUUUAGUUUUAGUUAUAAAUCCUCUUCCUCUGAAUAAUUCUGAAACAUACUUACAAUACCAGUGUUGACUCAGGUUCAAAGUACUGAGCAGUCUUAGUAACUAAAGCUCAUCUUAGAUGCCAUCAAUAGGUUCCAAGGAACCUGGAUUUAUCUUUAUAACACAAAAGAACAAGUUGAUUCAGUCAACUUCCAAUUAAACAAUUUAUCAGGAAGAUCCUAAAGAUACCACAGGGAGAUAGGUGUACCUCUUACGUCAGCUUUGUAUGUCCUGUCUGCAUACAAGUGUGUCUAGACGGCCUGCAAACCCCAUUACCAGGCUCUCAGAGCUACCCAACUCUCACUACUGAGUUCAAUUGCGAGAAAAGAAAGGGAGAAAAUGCUUAAAGGUUUUGAUCUGGAAGUUAACACCUGAAACGAGUUAUUUUGGAAAUUGUGCAGUACAUUAGCAUUCACUCAGGAGAGGACAAACCAUAAUAUUACUCAUAAAUAAGUUACAUUUAGAUUACUUUUCUAGAUCCUGAAAAACCUUGAUGUACCAAUCUAGAAACUAAAGUAAAAACAGGGAUUUGGAAGGUAUAUAGAUUUUGAUUAAUGAUUCCAUGCCUAAUAAAAUAUGUGGAGCAGGCAGGGCUAUGUCAGUGUUCAACUAUUGGGAUAAGGGAUGAGCAUUGGCUAUCUUCAGGUUCCAGGGUCUUAGAUAAGUAUUGCACUGGGAGAGAUUGUUGUACCAGAAACCAAGUAAGAAAUAUGAGUAGAUAUAAACAAAAUUGUUUUUCUAUUAUAAAGGACAGAGAUACAUUAACAGGCUCAAAGAAGUCAUUUUGAAAAUGUUCUGUACUAGGUGCUCCAUUUGAAAUGUAUAAUGCAGAUAACACCUUGUUUGUAUGCUUUUUUGAGGCAAGGUUUUGCUGUGUCCUUCAGGCAGGCCUCAAACUUGUAGUUAUCUUCCUACCUCAGGCUCCCAAGUGUUGGGAUAACAGGUAUGACCAUACCCAGCCCGAAAACAUAUAACACUUAAAGCUGAGUGAAAAAAAAGUUUCCUCAUUUGAAUCUGUUACUUAGUUUUUAACUUUGAUGAGGGAAAAAUAAAGAUGGACUAAAAAGGGAGUUUAUUCAGUUGUUAAAAGAUCAUAUCCUGGGUAAGUGAGCAGAUGGUACCACUGAAAUGGGGCAUCACUGCAUCUGUCCUGUCAUGGAGCUCCUGGGUACUUUUUAAGAUAUAGUCUUUAUUAUUAAACAAUUGUAAUUUCAAUAUAUGAGAGUUCAGUUAGCAUGGUGUUUAAUAUCCGUUUAAGAAGUAUCAACAUUUCCACAGUAUUAAUGUAGCAUUUGUAUAUGCAAGAAUUCCAACCUUAUGACUUGUUGCUAUUUUUUUUUUUUUUUUGUCCACUAAAGGAAGAGAGAAAAAGUAAUUUGCAGGAAACAUAUAUAUCAAAAUUAAGAACAAGUCUAAGCAACAUAUUCAUCAAAAGCUUUUUUCAUUAUAAGCAUUUCACUCAUGUAGGAAAAAUAUGCUACAAGCAGUUACUUAUUCAAACAAAGUGAGGAAAAAGAAAGUGGGAAGCUUCUCACUUCAGUUGGGGAAAUGCUGCUCUCUUGGUCAUGUUGCAGUGCUAAGAAUCAAAAUUAGGGCCUAGGCAAGCACUGUACCACAGAGCUAUAUUUUCAUGUCGGGAGAAAUUGUACUAAAAUGCCUAGAAACUUAAGAAAGCACAAAAAGUGGCACUAUUUAUUAUUUAAUUAAGCAGUAUACUGGGUCUAAUUUUACUUGAAAUGUUUUUGACUAUCCCUUUAAAUAGGUUAGAAAUAAAUCCAUUUUAUAGGUCACUUAAAAGAUUAUAUUUUUUUAUAUAAAAGGUAUCUAAAGAUUUCAGAAAAAUAAUUUUUAUUUGAAAUUAUACAAUACCGCCAAAUAGUUUGCUAGGUAAUGUUUUGAUCAUAAAAUGUCAGUGACUUUUCAGUAUACAAUAGUUUGAUGUCCUUGCUCAGUCACUGAAAGCCCCUGUGAUGUUCCUGUUUCUUCAAAUUGGCCUUACUGAAUGUGACAAAGUCUUUGUGAUCAUUUCAGUUCUCUAACACGUCAUCCUGUCCAUGCAGUGAUAGCUCAUGUAGCUGGAAGUCAUGUUUUCUUCUUCUGAAGUUAUAUAUCCCAAAGUGUUAGUUUACAACUCCCAAGGCAUUUAUGACACUGUUCUCUGUGAAAGUCUCACCAAGCUUGUACUAAAAGCCUAAGUCCAAAUAUGUAGGAAUGUAUGCCUACACAUAUACCACAGGGGUGCUUGGAGACGUUGUGUCUUGCACCAUCUGGCAGAAUAGGAAGACAGGCACUGAAAAUACUUCUUUAUAUUUGUCUUCUACAGAAAGAUUUUAGGCAUAGAAGGAGCAGAAAGAUUGAAAGGCACAGGGCUUGUUUGUUAGUAAGUUAUACUUUUAUGAUGAUUUGUAGUUUGUAAAACACUUUCACAUCUCUUCAUGUGAUAGCAAAAACAGUAACAAAAACAAACAGUUUUUGUUGUACAGUGAGUUUGAGCACAUAUGAUCAGGGAGAUUAGCUAAUAUUAAGAAAAAGUAAAAAUUUAAAGGAGAGAAAAGGAAAUGGUGGACCAGGGAUUUGGCUCAGGGGCAUAAGCACCUGCCUGGCAAACACAAGUCGUGAGUUUGAGUCUGGGUACCAAAAAAAGAAAACAAAAACCAAGGAAAUGGCUAACUGCAGAGAUAUAAAAAGUAAGGUUAAUGUAAAAGAAAUAAAGGCUAGAAAAGACUGAGUGGAGAAGGUCUGAGGAACUUACUUUGGGAGACGGCAAUGGAGCGACAGGGAGCUAUGACAGGGAGAGCCCUUGGGUUGCGAGAGCCUGCGCCAGCCUGUGAUACAGAACCCAAACCCAGAAUGGGCACUAGAGAAGAGCAACGAGCACUGGCUGCUGAUGGAGUAAAGCGUGGUCAUGGGUUUCUUCAGAAGCAGAACCCACUCAGCACACAGUUGGGCAACACUGGAGCUGGGUAUGUGUACUCAAACACCUAGGAAGAGCAUCUUCAAAACACAGGGGACUGCAGUGCACAAAGGGCACUAUCAUCAAAGUUUCAUUUCUUACCAUGAGCCCAGCAAUGACUCUUGACAUCAGAUGUUAACCUUUUUGGUACUAGGGAGUCUUUUUCUUCAGAAACUUGGGAUUUGCAACGUGCUUCUAAACAGGUAACUUUCUUCUGCCACCCUCAGUUGUGUUCCUGUUCACACCAGCGGCUGCUUACCUGUCUUCAUAUUCUGAACCCACAGGGCUGUCUUGAAGCCAUGGUAAUAACCAUAUGUGGUGUGCAUCCUCUGCCCUGGAGGCAAGUUAGGCUCAGCUGGACAAGCCUGAUGUAGCGUGCUGAAAACUGGGGCAACAGACACAGACGGUGGUCUUAGAACACACCAGGCCCAAGACAGGUGCAAAGCGAGAGGCUAAUGAGUAUUACAGGAGUUACAGCAAAACUCAUAAUCACUUUGACCUGACUUCGUUGACUGUUACUUACCAGAAUGUGAAAGACUUCCCUUUAAAAAACAGCAAACUUCAUGUGUACUAACAGAGUCCUAUGGUAGGAACUAUUUCGAAGGCUUCAGUGAUAUAUGAUCUAAGAUUAUGCCUAAAGGCCUUGCCUGCUACAGUGUUCUUACUGUAAGUUCUCCCCUCAUGGAGAAAUACAGAUUCCCACCCCAACUCUGGAAGCACUACAGAUCUGGCUGAGAUGGACUCAGAAUCUAGAAUCUCAGAAUUAGAUAAAACACAUUUGGCCAUUAGAAAUUCCUCAGAAAUUUAGAAGACAGCUUUUCAGAACUUUCAAGGUCAUUUUAUAUGUUUAGUAAAUGUUUAUUAGCACCUGUAUGCAAGGCACAAUGACAAGUAAAAUUCAUUCUUGGUGUGAUGAACUCAUGAAGAAUCAUUACUGCCAAUGGAGUAUAAGAGCAGCAGCCCCACAAGUCAAAAGCCAUCCGUCCAGGAGAGAAAGUGCUGCCUAAAGGGCGCUAGCCUUUCUGAAAGGCCAAUUAAAUGUGAUGUAAGAGCAAAACACCUCAGGUCACACCUGUUCCAGGCAAUAUUCGGAUGUCUUCUUUUUAAAUACUGUUCCAAUCACCUUCUAAAAUGUGGACAAUAAUUUAUCUCAGGCAGAGAAUAUUUGCUGAUACCUGAUGAUGUGUAUUAGUAAAACCACACCCACAACUUCUGUAGCCUCCGUUCAGUGACAAAUGAGCACCAACUUUGCUAUGUACAAAAUAGGUCACUGUACCAGAAAUUUUUUGCCCACGUGACAUAUUUUGCUACCAUUUGAUUUAAUUUCUUAUUAUUGUUUAGAGCUCUAGCACCAUUAAAGCGGCAUUCGUAA